AUGGACGAGCCCUCAGAUUUGACGGAGCGCCCGGGGUGCGCCGCGAUUGGCCGCCGCGGGGUCACGUGGUCGUGUCAGGAAGGUGAUAUGAGGGGUGGAGGGCACUUUUACAGCUUUGACAUACAACCUCGAAGGUUGGGGCCAACGGGAGCGCCGAUUAAUGACGCUGACCCGAGCAUCACCAGCAUGAACUCCUACCUAGACUACCCGGUUUGCAGCCGGGGCUCGAACCUCUUCAAGACCGGAUACCACAACCUGAACCACGGAUACAUGACGACGAGCUCAACAAGUGACAAUUACGCGCACGACGUGUCUGCGGUGUCGCAUCAGAACCAGAACAUGCCGCUGCACGGUCACCACCAGGCCAAUGUGGACCUGCAGUUCACGGGGAACUCCGUGUACGGACCUCCACUGGACUACCACCAGUACGGCCUGAGCCACGAGCAGGAGCGCGGCUACAUCCACGCGCAGGUCGGGAUGACCCCGUACCCCGGGGACAGCUGCGGGGUCGCGACCCAGUACCUGCACUACGGAGAGCAGAGGCCGCAAGAAUAUUCGGAAAGUUGUUACACACGAGUGCCUCCUUCGAACAAAGACGUGGAGCAGGAAAGUUCCAAAACGUUCGACUGGAUGAAAGUGAAGAGGAAUCCUCCCAAAACAGCGCUUCUGUCUGAGUUCGGCGGUGGUCCCGGCCAGCACAACGUGAUCAGAACCAACUUCACAACGAAGCAGCUGACUGAACUGGAGAAGGAGUUUCACUUCAACAAGUACCUGACACGGGCCAGGAGGGUGGAGGUGGCAGCCAGUCUGGAACUCAACGAGACCCAAGUCAAGAUCUGGUUCCAGAACCGCAGGAUGAAGCAGAAGAAGCGAGAGAAGCAGGUUCAGGUGAAGAGCCCUCCUGCUGAACCCACAGGCCCGGAAUCCCCUCAUAAAGACUGAACUGUGGCUUUAAACCUAAAAAAAAAAAAAGUUGCACCAUUCCAGAACAAAAUGGACUUGUGAAUCAGGGUAUGUGUGGUUGACUAUCAGUGAGAAUGAGAGGUAACACUUUGCAAUUGGGGUUCCAGGGCCUGUCCUGGGAUUUGAAGGCCACGACACCAGUGAGAGACAGUGAUGAAUUAUCAAAAUGAAAAA